GAUAUGUAUAACAUGUUCAAGCAAAAACUGUGGCAAAAUUAUCAUACAAAUGCUAUUUUUCUUAAUUGCAUUAACACUUACAGUCAAUACACUUACGAUUACAUUUUCAUUCAAUGUCCCGCAAUGAUUGUAGCAAAAUUCGUAUGUAUCAUGUAGCGUGAACAAGGCGGGGCUUGCAGAAGGUUAUGAGACGAAGAUGAUUCAAGUGAGAGAACAUGGACAAGACAGUUGGUCCGUGUAUGUUUUGAUGAUUUUGGAUUAUGGCUUCAAUAUUUCAUUCACGCUUGUGGGCGGAGCUGAAACACUGCUUUCAUCUGAUUGCUUUUCAUCUUCAAUCGCUCCACCUUCAGCUCUGUCUUUUCAUUCUUUCAGACAGAAUAAGAGUCUGUACGAGUGAAGCACUGUAAUGUCUGAAACCACCGCUCGCUGUUAAUUAGCAUAAUAUUUGAAUCAGAUGUAGCUGGGCACAUAAUUUUUUUAUGUCGCUUUUGGAGACAGCCUCUAGCAGCCAGUUGACAAAUUACAGUUUAAGUCACUUCUGUGUUGGCCUCAGGAGAGAGAGCGGGAGGUUGCCGCCUGGUCAAUAAUAAGGGAUUUGUGCAUUAGGUCUUAAUGUCACAGCACAUACCUUCUGUUUCCUAUGUUGAUAAUGUUAAUAAAACAACAGAAGAAAAAGACAAUCACUCACUGUUUGACUAAGUAUGUAAUUGUAUUUGUGCUAUUCCUUGUUAUUUAUUUAUUUGUUCUUACCAGGACAGUAGAAAAAAUCCUUAGUGUUGAGUCAAUAUGUUUUUAGCUAGUAAACAUUAAUGUUUGUUAAAAAUAAUAUGACAAUUUUCUUUUACUAAAACAGUACACAUUUGCACAGAUUUGAACUGUACUGCAUAAAGACAUCAUAUAAUUUACAGGGUUUUUUUUAUCUACUUAUUAUCAGUCUAAAUAAUAGGCUACUUUUGGCUUACUAUAGUAAUAUUGUGGUGCUGAUUUACAAAGAUGCACCACAUGUGCAAUAGUCUCUUGCUACGCAUAAGGGCUAAAAUGAUGAAAUCCUAGUAUUGCCCUGAUAACACAUCAAGCAUUACGUUUUCAAAAUUAAAUUUAUUCCAAUUAUUGCUUAACUCACAACUAUUUUGUUUAUUAUUUUGUCUCACAUUUAAAUUUCCGUUUAUGUCCAUAAAACUGAAUUGCAUUUACAUUUAUUAUGCUUUUUAGUUGUACUUCUUUUUGUGUUAUCACUGUUUUGGUUGACAGAAUUUGAACUGAAUCAAUUUAACUCUCACCUGUAUUUUAUGCUUGCUAUAAAGUAGAUUUACAUCAAAAUAAGAUGAUAGGAGAUAUUUUAUUGAAACAUUCAUUUUCGUAGUUUGUUUUCUAGGCUUUCAGUGGAUAUCCUGUCUCAGAGUUCCAAGAAUAUUAAAAAUGGCUGAAGCUAAACCUUUUUUAGAAACCAAUCAAGAAUUGUCUCUGGUUUGUCCAUCUGACAUUAUAUUUUGUAGACCUGGAGAUGAUGCUGUUCUGUCAUGUAAUCUUGUACCAGCUAUCAGUGCUGCUUCAAUGGAGAUCCAGUGGUGGAGUAAAGCUGAUCUGGUCUGUCAUUAUAAGGAUGGACAAAUGAUAGAGAGCUGUGGGGGUCGAGUGAGUCUCUCAUUGGAAGAUUUACACAAAGGAAAUGUAUCUUUGAUUCUCAGAGAUGUCAGAACAUCACAGAGGGGCAUUUAUAUUUGUAAAGUCAUUCAUGAACAUCAAGCAAUAAAAGAAUAUAUUUUUCUCCAUGUCAACUUCAUUAGUCUGGAGGUUCCUAAUAGCACUAUAUAUGCUUAUCCUGGAGAAGAUGUCGUCCUACCUGUUCAUCUAUUAUCUGAAACCAGUGCUGUGUCCAUGGACAUCAGAUGGUUUAGAGGGACAGAGCUCAUUUAUCAGUAUAAUAAGGGGCAGAAAGAAACAUGUAGUAACUAUGAGAACCGAGUGAAUUUGUUCGUCCAGGAGCUGGAGAGAGGAAAUCUUUCAUUGACUUUGAGAAAUGUUCAACCAUCAGAUUCAGGAGAAUAUACAUGCACAGUCAUUAAGGAUGGAUAUCAGAAGACAGGAAUAGUUCACUUACAUGUGAGAGAGCUUCAAAUGAGUGAGAAUACUUUGAAAUAUAAAUAUCUGUCUAAUACCAUGGGAAAAAUUCUGGAAGAGAUGGAUGAGAUUUGUAAACCUGAAGAAAUUGAUGACUUAAUACAACCAUUAAAUCUAAAAGAGAAAAGUCUAAAAGAAAUACAAUUUCCUCAUGUCGAACAACUUGAUAAGCUGUUUAGACAGAUCAAGGAAGCAAAAAGAAAGAUUGCGAGACUGAAUAGAUUGAUACAAGAAUUGGAGACAAAGGAUGUUCCUUCCGUAGCCACUAUUACGUUACAUGGUCCCACAUUAAGACGUGGACAAAGUAUGGAAGGAAUUCCCCCACUCUUGGAAAGAGAGAGCAGUGAUCGACAAACACAGGAUCUAGGAGAAUUAUCAACAGAAAUUACAUCUACAAGAGACAGGACACAAGCACAAGAGAACCCAAGAGCAACAAUGCAAAGGACACAAGAUAAUGUUGCCACAGAGCCAGAGAGAUUCUUCCCAGCUGUACAACCACAGAUACAAGAAAGAGAAAGACCAUCAGAAUCAGAAGGUCCCACAUUAAGACGUGGACAAAGUAUGGAAGGAAUUCCCCCACUCUUGGAAAGAGAGAGCAGUGAUCGACAAACACAGGAUCUAGGAGAAUUAUCAACAGAAAUUACAUCUACAAGAGACAGGACACAAGCACAAGAGAACCCAAGAGCAACAAUGCAAAGGACACAAGAUAAUGUUGCCACAGAGCCAGAGAGAUCCUUCCCAGCUGUACAACCACAGAUACAAGAAAGAGAAAGACCAUCAGAAGGCAGUAGAACACAAAGAAACACACGAGAGAGACCAGAAAACAGAGCACAACAAAAACAAGAGAAAAAAUGCCAAAUUUUGUGAUUAAACAUAAGAUAUUAUAUUAAUUACAACAGGUUAUCAGGGUUAAACAUGGGUUGUUAAAGAGACAUUGUAAUGUGCCUGCCGUCGCAUCACACAAGUGGAUUCUGAACACUGCUGGAUGAUUGAGUAGAGAUCCCCUCAUUGUAAAGCGCUUUGGGUGUAUGGCAAUACACAAUAAAAGCGCCAUAUAAAUGCCUCAGUCAUUUAUUCAUUUUAUGCAUGAAAUUACUCAAAAUCAGUUAUAGAACUUCUAAAAUUAUGUCUGUCUGUACAUAACGUGUAGAUUUAUUUGUCUAUGCUCUCACUUUUCUUUUCUGUUUCAUUCUAUUCUAUUAUAUAAAUAGAAUGGACGGUUAACGCCAAUAUAGUUGCGUACACUUAACUUUAUUAAACACAACAAACCGGUCAGCACUAUCAGCUGCAAGACAACAUAACAUGACUGGUGUCACUCACUCUACAGUCCGUGCUGCUACAAUAAACAUCCCAACAUCCUUUCUCUUUUUUUUUUUUCUAGUUAUCUUACAACUUGAAAGACAAUCUGUUUUGAACAACUUCAAGGAAUGCAAUUUAGAACAUAUAUACAUUCUUAUAAACUUUGUAUUAUGAAAAUUACACAACAUAAAAUUUCUAAUGUCUUAA